AUGGCGCUUCUCAGUGUUUCCCUAUUCGCCCAUUCCACCGCCGCUCUCUGCGUCCCCAGCGAACCCUAUGUCGACUGCAACUUCCACGCCCUUUCCUCCCCCCAUUGGCCCGCUCUUUCCGGCGACGCGCCAGCCCUCACGGCAGCCUGGAAAGCCGCCGUCGCGCAGACUCCCGAGUACCCCGAGGGGCGGUUUGCGGGGGAGGGGCUGGUGAUUACGGCGACCAAACUGGAUCUGGUCAACGUGCCGGUCCUGCUAACGACGCUCCAAUCAGAGGGGUUUGAUUUGCCUGUGGAGAUCUGGUACUCUGGUGAUGUCAGCCCUGACGUCAUGACCUCCCUGCUAACCAGUUACAGCAAGCUUGUGAUCAAGAACGUGGCCAACUAUGCGUCGGACGACGAUCUCCGGAGCACAGAGACUAGUCAAGGGGAGCACGUUUUCCAAGCGAAGCCUAUCGCGAUCCUGCAUUCGUCUUUCGAAGAGGUCCUUUUCCUCGACGCGGACAACAUCCCCAUGGCCAACCCCGCCGCCCUGUUCCGUUCCGCCCAGUACCAGACCACCGGCGCCCUGUUCUGGCCGGACUUCUGGCGGACCGCCACCGGAAACCCAAUCUGGUCAAUCCUGGGAGUUUCGUCUCAGGGGCAAGAGCAGGAGUCGGGGCAAAUUUUCGUCGACAAACGGCGCGCGUGGAAAGCGCUCAACCUUGCGUUCUUCUUCGCAAAGGACAGUACGUUCCAGAAAAUGAUCAACGGCGACAAGGAGGCGUUCCGCCUGGCGUUCCUGGCGACCGGAACGCCGUUCGCCAUGGUCGGAACGCCGGUCGCUGCCGCGGGAGCGGAAACGGAUUCCGGCGGAUUCUGCGGGCACACCAUGGUGCAGCACGACCCCGAGAGCGGCGCGCCGCUGUUUUUGCACCAUAACUCGCUCAAACACGGGGCGGCCGUGACGUGGCAGGUCAUGAAGGCGGUGCCAGCUGGCAAGGGAUUCUCCGUAGUUCCUCUCCCCCCCGCCACGAUCAACGGCGAGCCGGUCUCCUGCCUGGACCUGGCGGGUGCUGACGUCAUCAUUACGCCCGAACCUUUCUCCGCUUUUGAGACGACGUUCGCGAAGCUUCAGGCUGCCGCGGACCCUGCCCUGAAACGCGUCUCCCAGAACGAGUUCACGUCCGUCAGUCUGGCGACCGCGAGAAAGCUACUCCAGGGCAACGGCUCCGCGACCGUCCCGCCGUCCUCUCCUGGAGUGUGCCCGAGCGGCGCAAACUACUGCUACUCCAGCGGGGGCUCCAUCCUGACGUGCUGCCUGACGUCAUGCUCCGGCGUCUACGCCAGCCUCGACCCGGCCGUUGACGCAGUCCAAUUCUGCAACGCGUUUGGCGGCGGCGUUGAUUAUGGGGGCACCCCCGUCGGCACGACCCCGUCUCCCUCCACCCUAGUUGCCGGCGUCCCCCCCACGGGAGGCGUUUGCUUGCCCGGUUUCUUCAACCAGCCGUGCUUCCCUGCGGGUGGAACCGGCCCCGCCAUCUGCUGCCCCAGCGCCUUCUACCAGUGCGCCGGAACCGACGGCCCCACGCCCUUCUGCCAACCGGUCUAG